ACUCGUCUCGGAAGCUGAAAGCUCACUGUUUUCAUCUCGCGUUUCAUCUUCUAUCUCGCGAGCGGUUGGCAUCUGGUGAGUCUGACAUCAUUAUCAGUCCAACAGGCCCCACCCGAUCCACCGUCAGUCACGCCGGGAAAAAGAACCCUACCAAGACAGGAUUUCUGUCUGUCCUCGAAUCAGCAUGGGUGAAAUUGGAGAGUUCUGGAGGGACGUAAAAGAAGAUCGGAAAAGAAAAAAACGUGAAAACCCGCCCCACCGUCGCUGUUGGGAUUGGAUAAUCGUCUCGGGUCAUUGCCAUUAUGCCAAAAAUCGUUCCUCCUUUGUGACAUAUCGUCGAGUAGGACGAGUGAUUUCUCAGGGAUUCAUCGGAGGGGAAACAUUUGUUGCUGGCAUGGGAACUGUGAUAUUGAAGGUUCGGGCAAGCAAGAAGAAAGGAUCCCCAAUUCGAACCCUUGUGUUGGAUGAUGUUCUGCACAUUCCGAGUGCUAUCUGCAAUGGAUUUUGCUUCGCUAAGUAUCAUACGGUUUAUGGGGGGACUGCGUCUCUCGGUCUCGAGUUCUCCGGAACUGAUCCACUGAAUUACCCUCUAUGGUAUGGUAAGCCUUUCUGCGAGUUCCAAAAGCUGGUCCUGGCGGGGAAUCCGCAGGGAGAAACUUACCUUGAGUAUAAGAAGAAAGAAGGGGUUUCCCUUCUUCUCAGUAUGUACAUUAAUAAGAAGGACCUGGAGGAGAUUAGGUGAUGGAGUGGGGGGUACCUUCAAACAAAGCUUAUAUUGAGACCUACUAAAGAGAAUAUGACUGUUCCCAUUCUUGGACAUGUAAUAUGUGGACUUCUAGAGUACGCUCAAUAUUCCAAUGAAGUGAGGUAGGUGUCCAUGAGGAGCUUCACACUUUCUUCGUGGCCCAUGAGGAAAGAAAUACGCAAAGCCGGC